GUAAAGUUCAAAACGUAUGCGAUAGUAACACGCAGUCGUGAUUCUUCAUUCCAACACAAUGCAACCACCGUAUUUCAUAAAUGAAAGACUUUAAACUACAUAGUUAAACAAAAAAUUAUUAUAACUUCACAGUAUGGACGACCGGACAGUAGACUUAAUUUUCGCAGGAUCUCUCGAGAACUUGCCUCCAGUUAGUUCGAAAAUUGUUAGAAUUUUUACUAGUUCUACAUUUACAGAUACUACGAUGGAGAGAAAUACAUUAAUGGCUCAAUGUUAUCCAAAACUAAAGGAUUUUUGUCGGGAAAAACAUGGAUUAGAAUUUCAGGUGGUUGAUAUGAGAUGGGGUGUUCGUGAUGAAGCCACAGACGAUCAUAUGACAACUGAACUUUGUAUGAAAGAAAUUGAAAACUGUCAACGUUUAUCAAUGGGACCUAAUUUUGUGGUAUUUCUUGGACAAAAAUAUGGCUAUCGUCCGAUUCCUACAUAUAUUAUUUCAUCAGAAUUGGAAUUAUUAAGGGAAGAAUUGGUUAAUGUUGGUUCAGACGUUACUUUAUUAGAUAUGUGGUAUAGAAAAGAUAGCAACGCUGUACCCCCAAUUUCUGUUCUGCAACCAAUUUCUUCAAUACUUAUCAAUUUUAAUAAUAAGCGAAUCCCAAAACUUCAACAACAAGAUCAAGCCAUUUGGUGGGAUACUUUAGCUAAAAUGCAGAAAUUGUUUAGAAAAUCUUCAAUAAGUUUAUUUAAUAGUGGGAAGAUUGAUAAAGACACUAUGCAUAACUAUUAUAUGUCAGUGACAGAGAGAGAAGUUAUAAAUGGUAUAUUAAAAGUAAAGAACACAAAAAAUCACUGUCUGGCUUAUGUACGCUAUAUAAACAACAUUAAUCUCCAAAAUCUGAAAAAAGCUUCAAAUUUUUUGGACAUUGUUAAUAGGAGUAUUGAUACAGAAGCAUCUCGUUUAUUGGGAAACUUACGAGAUGAACGUCUUGUGCAAAAAAUAGAAACAACUAAUUACCAAAAGUAUACAGUUGAAUGGAUUGGUCGAGAAGGAUUGGAUACUGAAACACAUCAAGAAUAUUUACAAAAUUUCAUUAUGCAUUUUUACAAAAAUAUUACCAAGUUGGUGGAUAGAGCAAUGAGAAAAGAAGAUUCUAGUCCUCAAGGGCAAAUUGUAACUGAAAUAUUACAGCAUUUACAUGCUUGUCACAACUCUGUUAAAGUUUUUUAUGGGCGUGAAGACAGUUUGAAACAUAUUGAACAGUAUAUGAAAAGUAAAUGUGAAAAACCAAUGAUACUUUUUGGUGAAGGUGGUUGUGGUAAAACAUCACUCUUAGCAAAGGCUGCAGGCUUAAGUUAUUCAACAUGGUUCAAUAAGACAGCCACCAAGCCACUUUGUGUGAUAAGAUUCUUGGGAACAACUCCAGACAGUAGCACAUUAACUCCAGCAUUAAUAUCUAUUUGUCAACAAAUAUCAUAUAAUUAUAUGUUGCCGUUUGAUGACAUACCUGAUGACUUAGUACCACUAACAGCUCAUUUUAAACAUUUAUUAACAUAUGCCACCCGAGAGCAACCUUUAGUAUUGUUCUUGGAUUCAGUGGAUCAGUUAACAGGUACCCAAGAUACUAAUAAUGUAUCGUGGUUGCCAACAAGAUUGCCUAAUAAUUGUAAAUUAUUGGUGUCCGUAGCAAAAGAAGAAGGCAAUUCAGAUGUAUCUCGAGAUUACCAUGUAUUGCGUAGAAUGAUUGAUGAUGGAGAACAAUUUAUUGAAGUAACUGCACUUGGAGAAGAAUUAGCUGAAGAAGUUAUUAGGAAGUGGAUGGAAACAGCACAUCGAGAUUUGACAAAUUGUCAGUGGAGACUUGUAUCUAAUGCUAUCAAUCAAUGUUCUUUGCCGAUUUUUGUCAAAUUAGUAUUUGCUGAGAUUUGCCGUUGGCGAAGUUACACAAAACCACAAGAAACUCAUUUAGCAUCUAAUGUUAUGGAUUCAAUAAUGAUGCUUUUUGAAAGGAUUGAAAAGCAACACGGCCGACUCCUUGUCUUUCAUGCUUUAGCAUAUAUAACAGCAUCAAAGAGUGGUUUGUCUGAAUCAGAGCUAGAAGAUCUAAUAUCUUUAGACGACAAAGUGUUAGAUGAUGUUUAUCAAUAUCAUUUACCACCAGUCAGGAGAAUUCCUCCUUUAUUGUGGACUAGGAUUAGAAAUGAUUUACCAAAUUACCUAUCAGAAAGAGAAGCUGAUGGUGUUAGUGUAUUAAACUGGUACCAUAGACAAUUUAGAGAUGCAGCUCGAGAAAGAUACUUUAAAAAUAUGAAUAUGGUUACCUAUUUUCAUUCUUCUAUAGCUGAUUAUUAUUUAGGAAUUUGGGGUGGGGGAAAUCCAAAACCAUUUAAGUAUACUGAAAUCCAGAGACAUAGAUUUAACUUACAAAAUAGAGAAGGUUCAGCAGAUAGAAAAGUACCAGUACAACCUCUAGUGUUUUAUUCUAAAGAAGGAACAGCUUCAAGAUAUAAUUUAAGAAAAUUUGGAGAGUUACCAUAUCACCUUGUACGAGCUCAUCGUUUUCAAGAUUUAUACAAGAAUGUUUUAUUUAACUAUCAAUGGUUGCAUGCAAAGUUAUCUUCAUGUCCUUUACAAGCCGUCCUAAGUGACUUUGAGGAUGCUUGUGCAAAUAUUGAUGACCGAGAUGCCACUAGCAAUGAGAUCAAAUUAAGGCAAAGAGAGUUGAUACUUGUCGCUGAUGCUUUAAGACUAGGUGGAGCAAUACUUAGUGAGUUUCCUGAUAUGCUUGCUCCUCAAUUAAUUGGUCGUUUAUUACCUGAAAUCGGAUCAAAUCCAAAUAUAAAAAGUUUAUUAGCAGAAUGUGAUAAAUUUGGACCAGAUAAUUGUGCUCUUAUACCUUAUUAUCAUUGUUUACAUACUCCGGGAGGUCCAUUAAAAUAUUCUCUAGAAGGUCAUCAAUUUGCUGUUUUUGAUUUUCAAGUUACAUCCGACUAUAGAUAUAUUGUGUCAAUAUCAAAUAGAUUUAUUACAUGGGAUUUAUCUACAAGUGAUAUGACUAGAAAUGUAAAUCCAGGAUUGGAAGGAAUUAUGCAAGCGUUGUGUUUGAGUCCUGAUAAUCGCUAUGCUGCAGCUUAUACCAACAAUAAUCAAACUGUAUUAUUGAACUGUCUUACAAGUGAAUUUAUUGUUAUUGAAAAUCCUUUUGAAAAUGGAGAAAUGGUUUCGGGUGUUAACAUGCUAAAUACUCAUUUAUUUGUACAUGGAUCAUUUUCAUUAUGCAGAUAUGACUUAAGAGGAAAUUUAGAAUCCAAAAUUACAACAAAUGAAGAUCCUAAUAAAUGGGUUUUGAUGUCUGUGAAAUUCACUACAUUGACUUGCAAUCGUUUUAUAUUUUGGUCAGGCAGAAUGGAUGACACUAGGAUGAUGAUGCAAACAACAAAAGAUAAUAAUACUGGCCCAAAAUUCUAUUUUCAUAGUGCUAUGGCUAUUAAUAAGGAAGAAACUAGAUUGUAUUGUUGUCCAACUAAAAAUUCUUAUGAUAUUUCUCAAUUUGAUUUUAUUGACAAUGAAUGGAAAUUGAUUAAAGAUUUAGAACAUAUUAGUAAUUGCACAGUGCUUCAAAUUAAAUUAUCAGAGGAUUCGUCGUCACUUUUGGGUACAAUUUCAAAUGGUUUUUGUAUUUGGGAUUUGUCUUCAGAUGGUACAAAAGUGUUACAUUUACCACACGGAGUACGUAACAUUACUAUAAACAUGAUGCAGUCAAAUUCAUGUAUGUUGUCAGCCGACAAACGGUUUUUGGUUGCUGGAGUUCGAAAAAUGUUAUAUGUGUGGAAUAUGGAAACUGAACUAUUAAUUAAAGUAUUAGACGCACAUUUUGGUCGUAUAAUAUCACUUUUGCCAUUAACUACAGGCAAUUGGAAUUCUGUGAUAACUUCAUCCAUCGACAGAUCAGUAAAGGUAUGGAACAUCAACAAUAUAUUUGAACAAGUCCAUGUUAUCGAUCGACAUGAAUUACAAAUUGAUUCUAUAAGUUUAUCACACUCUGGCUUGGCAGCUACUGUAACACGAGGUUGCGUUGGAAUAUGGGAUAUUAAUACGGGAAGAUUAAUCCAACAGCUAGCGGAUAAUUUAUUGGGAGCUAUUGUUACUCAAGCAUUAAUUACACCUGAUGGAAAAUAUAUAGUGUGUUCUGAGUCUGGAAAUUUACUCAUCUGGAAUCGUAUCUUAUGUCGAGUAAUUUUUAAGCAACAACAACCUGGAAUCCAGCAAAUAAUGCUUUUAGAUGAAGCAACAAAAUGCCUUACGGUUUCAAAACAAGAAGAAAUAAAUGUAGAAACUCAGCAAAAUAUUGAUGCUACAGCGGUUGUGAGAUCUAUCCCAGAUGGAAAAACUAUUUAUUCAUUUGAUUAUCAAGUACGUAAUGUUACGGGUAUGGAAUUCAAAGAGCUUGUUGUAACCUCAGAUGGACUUAAUUUGAUUGCUCUGGCUAGUGAUAAAGGUCACAGAGAAGCACUCCAUAUAUUUAAUGCGUCCAACGGUGAAUAUGUUACUAAAAUUGUUCUCAAACAAUCAGGAAUGAAGGAUAUUAUGUUUAUUGUAGCAAUGCCACAUCGAGCUAAUUUAGUUGCCGUGAUAAAUCCUGACAAAGGUAUGUUGUUUGAUAUCCGUACAAAGAAAUUUUUAAAAUCAGUUCCAAAAUGGGGAGGAUUUUGUACAAAAGAUGGAAAAUACGGUUUAUAUGCACCUACCAGAGGGGGUCUAGAGCUUUUGGAACUUAAAAAAGGAAGCUCUGUAAAGACGUUUAUACCACGAGUUGCUGAAGGUGUAUUUACAGUAAUUUGUAUGUUUAAUAAAACUGAUGAAUAUGUAUUAUAUUAUCAUAGCGGAAAGAAAACAUUGAGAGUUUUUCGACUUACUGAUGCAAAAAUGUUAGCCAACUAUCGUGUACCUGCAGAACUAAGUGCUAUUGAAACAACAGAGGAUGGACGAGCAGUUGUUAUAGCUACAGUGGACGGAUGUCUAACAGUUUUAGCCAUAGCCGAUCCGAAUAAAGAUUCAUUUCUCUCAGCGUUGCCCUCUAGAGAUGAAACUUGGAAAAAGAAAAUGGAUAAACAACGAACAGCAAAAUUAUUCAAAGCUGCGGCUGCUAUUACUAAGUUCUGUGUAUCUGUAAAUGAACCAAAUUUAAAAGAAGAAGUUGGAAAUAAUAUAAAUAAUUCACAACUAAUACAUUCAUCAAAAAUAUUGUCAAAAGGAUAAAAUAGAUUUGUAUUUAUCUUCCAGAGUUUUAUUAGU